GGCAGGUGCGCUGGGCGGGCGGAACUGGCCGGGCAGCGGGGGCGGGGCCCGGGCCAGGUAGGGCUGCCCCGCGGCGAGCUCCAGCGACGGGAUGAAGCGCUGCCGCCUCUGCACUUUCGGUAAUUUCCGGCCCCUCCGGUGGCGGUGGCGGGGUGGCGGCGGCGGCGUGCUCCUCCGCGCCCACCCUCGACCCGCCCCAGGGCCCCUGGUGCCCUCGGUCCGCUCCGGCUCAGGUCUGCCCCUCCCCCCCUGCUUUGCAGACGCGGACCGCGGGCCCCCGCGGCUCAUGCGCGUGGGCCUCGCGCUCAUCCUGGUGGGCCACGUGAACCUGCUGCUGGGGGCCGUGCUGCACGGCACCGUCCUGCGGCACGUGGCCAAUCCCCGCGGCGCCGUCACCCCGGAGUACACCACCGCCAAUAUCAUCUCCGUGGGCUCUGGGCUGCUGAGUGUUUCCCUGGGACUUGUGGCCCUCUUGGCAUCCAGGAACCUUCUUCGCCCACAACUGCACUGGGCCCUACUGGCACUAGCUCUGGUGAACCUUCUCUUGUCUGCGGCCUGCUCCCUGGGGCUCCUCCUCGCUGUGUCACUGACUAUAGCCAAUGGCGGCCGGCGUCUUAUUGCUGACUGCCACCCAGGACUGCUGGAUCCUUUGCUACCCCUGGACGAGGGGCAUGGACACGCUGACUGCCCCUUUGAUCCCACCAGAAUCUAUGAUACAGCCUUGGCUCUUUGGAUCCCAUCUUUGCUCAUGUCUGCAGCGGAGGCUGCUCUGUCUGGCUACUGCUGUGUGGCUGCGCUCACCCUGCGUGGGGUUGGGCCCUGUAGGAGGGCAGGGCUACAGGAACAGCUGGAGGAAAUGACAGAGCUUGAACUUCCCAAAUGUAAAAGGCAGGAAAAUGAGCAGUUACUGGAUCAAACUCAUGAAAUCCGGACAUCACAGAAAAGCUGGGUUUAGGGACAGGUGCUGAUCCGGAGGCUCAGUUCACAAGGGGUUUCCACUGACCCCUAGGAUCUGAUUCUAUAGUAAUAAUACUUGUAAUAAAAGAACUUCUUUUCUA